AUGGAGGCUCCUCAUGCAGGAAUACACUUGCCCUCGCGGUAUGCCCCUCAAUAUCCGCCAGCAACAUUCCAAGGACCUCCAGAACAUACUGGACGCCCUACAGCCCAGACUGACCACCAUGGUCCCCAGUCUGGUUACCCAGGGCCUCAGCCUGCCUACACAGUCUCAACAACAGCUGGCUAUGAAGGCUAUAAUACAACAUGGCAUUAUAAUCAAAAUAAUCAGGCUAUAGUCCUUGUAAAUACUGAGUGGAUGCCACCACCACCACCUCUUCUGAACUGCCCACCUGGGCUAGAAUACUUAAAUCAGAUUGAUCAGAUUGUGAUUCAUCAGCAAGUUGAACUUCUGGAAGUCUUAACUGGCUUUGAGACAAAUAAUAAAUUUGAAAUCAAGAACAGCCUCGGGCAGAUGGUUUACAUUGCUGUGGAAGACACUGACUGCUGCACUAGAAACUGCUGCGAAGCAUCUAGACCUUUCACUAUGAGGAUUCUGGAUUAUCUGGGCCGAGAAGUCAUGACUCUGGAGAGACCCCUGAGAUGCAGUAGCUGUUGCUUCCCCUGCUGCCUCCAGGAGAUAGAAAUCCAAGCUCCUCCCGGUGUGCCACUUGGUUAUGUGACUCAGACCUGGCACCCGUGUCUGCCGAAGCUUACCCUUCAAAAUGAAAAAAAGGAGAAUGUCCUAAAGAUUGUUGGUCCAUGUGUUGCGUGCACCUGCUGUACAGAUAUUGACUUUGAGAUCAAGUCUCUUGAUGAAGUGUCUAGAAUUGGCAAGAUCACCAAGCAGUGGUCUGGUUGUGUGAAAGAGGCUUUCACGGAUUCAGAUAACUUUGGGAUCCAGUUCCCCCUAGAUCUUGAUGUGAGGAUGAAAGCUGUGACACUUGGAGCUUGUUUCCUUAUAGAUUACAUGUUCUUUGAAGGCUGUGAGUAGGAACAAAAAAUCAGAAGUGCAGUGGGAACUAAGAAAAGAAGACAGAUGAGACCUGAAGUCUAGACGACGAGACUGUCUGAAUGGGCAACCCAGUACUUUCAUGUUCCCUCAUUGAAAUGCUUCAGGAUUAAGCUGUAAUACAUGAGGCACAGUAUGUAUAAUUUUGCUGUCCAAAUGUUAGUUUAUGUUCUACAUAACAGGAAUAGACAUGGAUAUAUAUGGUUAUCCAUUUCUAAAACCUUUGCUGAAUUUAAAAUAAAAAACAAGAAAAUUAUGUUUAGAAUUAAAAAUGUAUAGAAAAGUAAGUUGCGCCAUAAUCUGUUAUUUAUCUUCCAUCUUCUGUUCAAUAUAAACCUUGUUAGUAUUGAUU